AACUCUCUUAACAAUAGGUCUUGUAAAUUUUCAAAUAUUUUUUAUUAAAUUGGCCAUUCUAUAAUGGCCCGAAAUGUAGCUGAUGCUGCUAAAAAGUUCCUCUUAUUAGGUCAAUGCGUUCCGACUGUUAAACAAAACGCUACUAAAAUUAGAGUUAAGAGGUUAGAAUUGGAUGAAAACCUUUUGAUGUAUUUUCGAAAAGACGAAUUUUAUUACUGCCAUGAUCCAGAAAAGAAAUGCAGAACAGGCGAUGUAGUUUUGAUCAAAGCCUUACCACAUAAACUUACGAAAUUAAUUACACAUGAGGUUAAAGAAGUUGUGUAUCCUUUCGGCGAUGUAACGGACCCAGUAACUGGCGAGAAAGUGGCUAAGGAAAAAUACAGAGACGAUAUUGAGAAACAAUCCGAGUUAUAUGGAAAAUUGGACUCUUCAUUUGACUACAGUAAAGCACCUGCAAGAGGUUGGCAAGAAGGAAAGAAAAACUUCACAGAAAAACCGACUUAUACUAAGUUCCAUGUAUUUGAUGAAAAUGAUCCAUAUGCAAUUUAGUUAUUGUAAUAAUUAGU